AUGACCUCAGCGAUGGAAGAUGUGCGGGAGACUUGCCGACAGAUCUACAGCGAACUCCACAGCCAAGACCGCAUCUGCUUGGUCACCUUCUCCGAAAAAGCCAAAGUGGUUUUGCCCCUGACUCCAAAAGAUCAAGUGCAGGACUUCAACGGGUAUUGCUGCCAGCUCAAGGAGGAGUCGUGCACCAACAUUGAAGCGGGCCUGAAGGAAGGCCUUCGGCAAUUGAACACUACAGUCGCCCGCAACGGCUACUGGCCGUUUUGCCAAACGACCGGUCGACCCGUUGAUCAGGUCCCCUCGUCGCAUACUGCCGUGUCCAUCCUCCUCUCAGAUGGACAGCCGAACGCAGGCGUCACGACAUCGGAGGAUUUGCUGCGUCUCGCCGAAGAUGAGAUGAGUGCCACUCAGCGAUCUGUAACCCUUCACGCCUUCGGCUUCACCGCCGGCCACGCAAUAGAGAUCAUGAGUAGCUUGCCAUCGAAAAGCAAUGGCCCCGUUGGGAGCUACUACUAUCUCGAGCAGUCCUUGGACAUCGCAGCCGCUGUCGGAGACUGCCUGGGAGCAGCUUCCGCCCAUCGUGUCUGCCAAGGCCUGCAAUUUCGUAUGUCGCUGCCAGAAAGCAAAGGAGGGGCCAGCGGAUGGUUUGGCCCACCCAUUGGUGAUGACUCUGAGGAUGCGCCGCUGCUUGGAAUACAGGCCAGUGACUGCAGGGAGCUUGGGGCAUUGGCGGCAGAGGAGCAGCAGGCACAGCUUUAUGUUGUGCAAGAGGAUUUGAAGAAAGCAACGCUGCACCUCUCAUGGCAAUCCGAGGGCGAGACGCAGCUCUUCGCAUGUGACCUGGACCUCUCUGCCCUGGUCGGGCUGGCCCCGAUGGCACUGGCGCAGCCACCCGCCAGUGCCUCGCUGAGCGAGCUAGGGGUUUGCGCCCAUGCCUUGCGAUUGGAGGCUGCUUCGGCGCUGUCUGCACUGGCGCUGAGCCCCGACCUUGCG